AUAUCACUAAUAAAUUAAUAGUUGAAAAUAUUGGCUACAGGGGAAUAAGGAGUUACGUGCAGCGCUACUGGGAAAGAAGGAGUCAAAUGCAUGACUGAAAGUGUGUUCCUUUACAAUCAUCACACUGAAAGAAGUGAAGUUUCAAGCCAAUUAAUUAUAUUAUCUGUUUUUUACAAUUAUAAUAGUUACUACUAGAGCUAUCUGUUUCCAAAUUAACUGGAAUCAGGUAAUGACUCAGCUGAUGUAAAUAGUACUCUAUUUUGAUCCUAGUAGCUAUUGUUUUCAUUUCAGUCAGAUUGUUUUGUGUGGUGAAUGAGGUUAGUUGUGACUACUAAAAUUGGGAUUUUACUUUGUAGAUUGUUUUAAUUGAUACAAUCAAACAAUGAGUGAAAGUGAAAAUGUGGAGUGUCCUGAGAGUGAUAAAAAAACUAGAAAACGUAAAGUACAUGGAAGAAUGUGUGAUGUAACCAAGAAAAUGAGGGUGCAGGGACAUGAGGCUGGUGCAUCUUGUAAGUGUAGAUAUAAGUGUUUUGAGAAAGUAGGCCUAACAUUGGAAAUAAGAGAUAAGAUUUUACAACAAUUCAACCUAUUGGAGACCACUAACGAACAAAAUUCUUAUCUGUGUGGUCUGAUUUCUAUUGUACCGGUUCAAAAACGGCGGCCUAAAAUACCCUCUGACUCUUCAAAGGUAAGAGAUGUAUCUUGCAAAUAUAAAGUAAGAUCAGCCCAAAACGGAGUCGUUUUUGAAUGGGAAGUUUGCCGUAAGGCAUUUAUCUCAAUCCAUGGGAUUACCCAAAAGAAAGUUGAGUACUUAAUUAACAGUUUAAAGAUGACUGGGUGCUCACCUAAAGAUCAACGUGGUAAGCACUCCAACAGACCACACAAAAUUAAUAAUGAGUCUUUAAAUUUGAUUAAGCAACAUAUAACUUCUUUCAAUGGCAGAGGUGCCCAUUACUGUUUGCAUGAUACGUCUAAGAAGUACCUUCCUGACGAUUUAAACAUUUCAAUCAUGCACAAAAUGUAUCAGACUAAAUACCCUGACGAAAAAUGCUCAUAUGAGACCUAUAGAUCCAUUAUGCAACAAAACUUCAACAUAUCGUUUGGCUAUCCGCGAACGGAUACGUGUAGUUUUUGCGAUGCAACUAACGUAAAACUGAGUAGUCUACAGGUAAAAUUAAAAGAAGCUAAAUAUGAAGAUGACAAAUUAACAGUGACUAAUGAAAUAAAAACCCUUGAGACUCAGCUAAAACUUCAUAAAUUAAAAGCUGAAAAGUUCUAUGAUAUCAAAAGAAAGGCACGUUUGGCAUCACAGAAAACACCUUCAUUUGAGGGAAUUUGUAUAGACUAUGGUCGAAAUUUGUCUGUGCCUAAUGUGACAACAAACGACGCCUAUUACAAAAGGCAAUUGUCAGUAUAUUCAUUUAAUGUACACAUCCUAGGUAGUGGUAAAAGUAUUUUCUAUAUGUAUUCUGAGUGCGAAGGGAGUAAAGGAAGCGACAACAUAUGCCAAAUGUUGUUUCAUUUUGUCGAAAAACACUUGCCUGAAGAUGUAGAAAACCUCCACAUAUUCGGAGACUCCUGUGGGGGACAAAAUAAAAAUUUGACUGUGUACCGUUUCCUUCAUUAUUUGGUACAUGUUAAGAACAGAUUUAAAAAUGUUCAAUUUACUUACCCGAUAAGGGGACAUUCAUAUACUGAAUGCGACCGGAACAUGGGUCGAAUAAAAUCUAACUUUUGGGCUGACACCCCAUCAGAAUGGGCAAAUUACGUUCGCGAGGCUCGCCAAAACCCAUCACCGUUUGUGGUUGAAGAAAUUGACUACACUUUUUGGAUGGAAUGGAAAGAAUUUCUAGAACUUACUUACAAAAAGAAAAUCCCAGUGUUGAUAAGACCUAUGAGAGAAAUAAAAGUGACUUGCUCAUCUGAACGUCUGAUAUACUUCAGGAAUAAUUAUAGUGGCCACUGGGACAGUGUUGCCAUAACCUUACCUAAAAGAAAGAGAUUUGUUGUUGACAAGACUACUCUUCCAGACGUUUCUUUGAAAGAUAGAUUAUCAAUAUCUAAUGAAAAAUAUCAAGAUGUGAUGGAAUUGACUAAGUUUUGUAAAAACCUGACUGCCAGGGAAUACUUUGAAAAUCUGCCUCACUGCACAAAGGAAAAGAAGAAAGCAAAAUAAUGUAUUAGAACUCGUAACAAUAAAAUAAAUGCUGUUUUUAAUUUUCA